AUCGAACCAGGCUUUUUUGCAAGACAGACGCAGCGAGGAUCGAUUCCGUGUAGUCAAGGUGACGUUCAUGAAUUUCAAAGUCAUCCCAAAGUGAGCAGAGGGUGUCGGAGUUGAAGUCUCUUAUUUCUAAUGAUGUCUUCCAUGCGAACAACGCCUCCCUUUCAACAACAGUCUGAAGAAGAGGAAGUGGCCGGUCAGGACGCGGCCUGGGCCAAACACGAGCGAGAGAGCCCGAAGGAGACGGCAUCGCCCUCUUCACAUGACCAGUCCGACGAGCUGCAGCCAAUCAGAGAAAAGACCACAGAUAUUGAGUGGGACAACGUUGGGCCUGCUGUGAUGGACAAUCAAAGCAAUAAAAUCUGCUCGGUCUACUCCUACCAGACUAACUCUACCUCUCCACACAAGCCAGAGGAGGGUUCCAGGGAUCGGGGGGAGCCCAUGAUCGGCCUCGCGUUCGGAACUCCGGAGCGCCGCAAAGGCAGCCUGGCAGACGUGGUGGACACACUGAAACAGAAGAAGCUUGUGGAGCUGACAAAGACAGAGCAAGACGAACCAUCGUGCAUGGAGAGGCUCCUCUCAAAGGACUGGAAGGAACGCGUUGACCGCUUGAACGCCAGUGAACUGCUGGAGGAGGUCAAAGGUACGCCAGAGUCUCUUGAGGAGAAGGAGCACCAACUUUCCACCAUGAUUGGUCAGCUGAUCAACCUGAGGGAGCAGCUCCUCGCCGCCCAUGAUGAGCAGAAAAAGAUGGCGGCCUCACAGCUGGAGAAGCAAAGGCAACAGAUGGAGCUGGCCCGGCAGCAGCAGGAGCAGAUUGCCAGACAACAACAGCAGCUCCUGCAGCAGCAGCAGAAGAUCAACAUUCUCCAACAACAGAUCCAGGUCCAGGGUCACAUGCCUCCGCUGAUGAUCCCAGUGUUUCCUCAUGACCAGCGGUCCUUGGCUGCUGCCGCUGCUGCACAGCAAGGCUUCCUCUUCCCACAGGGCAUGUCCUACAAGCCAGGUGAUAAUUACCCCAUGCAGUUCAUUCCAUCGACAAUGGCAGCUGCAGCGGCAUCUGGACUGAGCCCGUUACAACUACAGCAGCUGUAUGCAGCCCAGCUGGCAAGCAUGCAGAUGUCUCCAGGAGCCAAGAUGACUCCCCACCCACAAGCUCCCAACUCCUCCGGUCCCCUCUCCCCCUCUGCACUGAAGAGCGAGAGGCGAGCAUCCAGUCCCAUCACUCAGAUUAAGGAGGAAGGAUCCACGCAGCCAUUGAACCUCUCAGCCAGACCUAAGACAGCUGAGGGUCUUCGCUCCUCAACGUCCCCGACCCAGGGUCUGUUCUCUGGACACAAGAACAGCCCCACAGGCAUGGGCAAGGGCCGCAUCCCCAGUCCUACCUCCAUCAUGGGCAGGAACUCUCUCGAUAUCCUGUCCAGCCUCAACCCCACAGCCUUGUUUGGGGACCAGGACGCAGUGAUGAAGGCCAUCCAAGAGGCGAGGAACAUGAGGGAGCAGAUCCAGCGCGAGCAGCUCCACCAGCAUCAGCAGCAUGCAGGACAUCAGAGUCUGGAGGCCAAACUGUCCGCCCUCAGCGGCAUGACCCUCAACAACGGCAACAAGGAGCGGCUGCAUUAUGAGACGCUGAGCCAGCACCUGGGGAAGCUCGGAGAGGAUGCUGGGAAGAUGGUCCACCGGGUCAUCGACCUGACGAGACCAGAGGAUCUGGAUGGGAAUAAUGUCACAGAGGCCCGAGUGUUCAGGGAGGCGCGAGGCAGGAACAGCGCCGAGCCCCACAUCAAGAGGCCCAUGAACGCCUUCAUGGUUUGGGCCAAAGACGAGAGGAGGAAGAUCCUGCAGACUUUCCCCGACAUGCACAACUCUAACAUCAGCAAGAUCCUCGGCUCUCGCUGGAAAUCCAUGACCAACCAGGAGAAGCAGCCGUACUAUGAGGAGCAGGCCCGUCUGAGCAAGAUCCACCUGGAGAAAUACCCCAACUACAAGUACAAGCCGCGGCCCAAGAGAACCUGCAUCAUCGACGGCAAGAAGCUGCGCAUCGGAGAGUACAAGCAGAUGAUGAGGUCACGGCGCCAGGAGAUGAGGCAGUUCUUUGUGGGGCCUCAGCCACAAAUUCCUCUUGGCAACAGCCAAGUAGGGGUAGGAGUUUACCCCGGUGCCAUAACCAUGGCGACGACAGCCACGCCAUCCCCACACCUGACCUCAGACUGCUCCAGCAACUCAGCCAGCCCUGAACUGGCCAUCCCCGUCAUUCAGAGCACAUACGUGGUAAAGUCCGAGCCAGUUGGAGGCAGCAAUGGCGGCGGAGUCAGAGCCUUGGCUCUGCCCAGCGAUCCCGCCAAUGGAGACGAGGAAAUGGACAUGUACGAAGACUUUGAUGAUGAGCCGAAGUCAGACUAUAGCAGUGACCGUGAGACGCGGGAGGUCAUCAGUGCCAACUGAGUGUUCUCAGGGUGUGAGUUGUAAAAAGAGAAAAAUUUAAACCUCCCGUUAUACUCAGAAACACUUUUUAAGAAAACAUAGUUUAUUACAGAGACCUUCAGGCAAACAUUUAGGACAUGCUGCGUCAUGCGCUGAGCGUGCCCAGACAGGACACACACUCAGCGGACAUGCUCAGAAAGUUAUGGACAGUUUAUUGAUGGAUGUCAAGUUGAAGAACAGGGCUGAAGAAUGUGACCCGAGAACACAAGCCGAAGAGACACUCAGACAUCCAGCUGACGACGAACUUCACUUUUCCUACACGCCGACAAUCUUAACAAGAGCUAGGAGAGCGAGAGUGAGAGAGAAUGGGAAACAGAACAAAUGAACGACAAACACAAUGCUGUGUGGUUUGUAAAGAGCAUGCAUGGAUUUUGAAGCAUCAGGAAUUGGUCUUCAAACGCUAUUUGGUCUUAAAUGUUUAAGGAGUGAAUUAGUUUUUAUCAUUAUGUAUUUACAUCUUUGUGUUUUCUUUUUUUUGUUUUUCGUUGUUGUUUUUGUUCAAUAGACUUUUUUUCUGACAGGUCACUGCCUGUACAAACUCUGGACUGUCGGAACUUGAAAUUUGAAAAGUUUUAAUAUAAAUCCUAGCUCAUGUAAUCUUAUAGUCUUACUUUUGUUUUCUUACA